GCGGUGCCAAGCGCAGCUGGACGAGCGGCGGCAGCUGGGCGAGUGACAGCCCCAGCUCCGCGCGCCGCGGCGGCCAGAGCCGGCGCAGGGGAAGCGCCCGCGGCCCCGGGCGGCAGCAGCGGCCGCCUCCUCGCGCGCUUCCCGGGCCCGCAGCCCGCGGUCCCGCGGCCCCGGGGCCGGCACCUUUCGGCUCCCGCUCCCCGCGCGCAAGAUGGCUGACCCGGCUGCGGGGCCGCCGCCGAGCGAGGGCGAGGAGAGCACCGUGCGCUUCGCCCGCAAAGGCGCCCUCCGGCAGAAGAACGUGCACGAGGUGAAGAACCACAAAUUCACCGCCCGCUUCUUCAAGCAGCCCACCUUCUGCAGCCACUGCACCGACUUCAUCUGGGGUUUCGGGAAGCAAGGAUUCCAGUGCCAAGUCUGCUGUUUUGUGGUUCACAAGCGGUGCCAUGAGUUUGUCACCUUCUCCUGCCCAGGUGCCGACAAAGGCCCAGCCUCUGAUGACCCCCGGAGCAAGCACAAAUUUAAGAUCCACACGUACUCCAGCCCCACGUUUUGUGACCACUGUGGGUCACUGCUGUAUGGACUCAUCCACCAGGGGAUGAAAUGUGACACCUGCAUGAUGAACGUGCACAAGCGCUGCGUGAUGAAUGUCCCCAGCCUGUGCGGCACCGACCACACGGAGCGCCGCGGCCGUAUCUACAUCCAGGCCCACAUCGAGAGGGAAGUCCUCAUCGUCGUCGUAAGAGAUGCUAAAAACCUUGUACCUAUGGACCCCAAUGGUUUGUCAGACCCUUACGUGAAACUGAAACUGAUUCCCGACCCCAAGAGUGAGAGCAAGCAGAAGACCAAAACCAUCAAGUGCUCCCUCAACCCUGAGUGGAACGAGACAUUCAGAUUCCAACUGAAAGAAUCGGACAAAGACAGAAGACUGUCUGUAGAGAUUUGGGAUUGGGAUCUGACCAGCAGGAAUGACUUCAUGGGAUCUUUGUCGUUUGGGAUUUCCGAACUGCAGAAAGCUGGUGUUGAUGGCUGGUUUAAGUUGCUAAGCCAGGAGGAAGGCGAGUACUUCAAUGUGCCUGUGCCGCCGGAAGGAAGUGAAGGCAAUGAAGAACUACGGCAGAAAUUUGAGAGGGCCAAGAUCAGCCAGGGGACCAAGGCUCCAGAAGAAAAGACGACCAACACCAUAUCCAAACUUGACAACAAUGGGAACAGAGACCGAAUGAAACUGACCGAUUUUAACUUCCUGAUGGUGCUCGGGAAAGGAAGCUUUGGCAAGGUCAUGCUCUCUGAGCGAAAAGGCACAGACGAGCUCUAUGCUGUGAAGAUCCUGAAGAAGGACGUCGUGAUCCAGGAUGACGAUGUGGAGUGCACAAUGGUGGAGAAGCGGGUGCUGGCCCUGCCUGGGAAGCCGCCGUUCCUGACCCAGCUGCAUUCCUGCUUCCAGACUAUGGACCGCCUGUACUUUGUGAUGGAGUACGUGAACGGGGGCGAUCUCAUGUACCACAUCCAACAAGUUGGCCGGUUUAAGGAGCCUCAUGCUGUAUUUUACGCUGCAGAAAUUGCCAUCGGUCUGUUCUUCUUACAGAGCAAGGGCAUCAUUUACCGUGACCUCAAACUUGACAAUGUGAUGCUGGAUUCAGAGGGCCACAUCAAGAUUGCUGAUUUUGGCAUGUGUAAGGAAAAUAUCUGGGAUGGGGUGACCACCAAGACAUUCUGUGGCACUCCAGACUACAUCGCCCCUGAGAUCAUUGCUUAUCAGCCCUAUGGGAAGUCUGUGGAUUGGUGGGCCUUCGGCGUCCUGCUGUAUGAAAUGUUGGCUGGGCAGGCACCCUUUGAAGGGGAGGAUGAAGAUGAGCUCUUCCAGUCCAUCAUGGAACACAAUGUGGCUUACCCCAAGGCCAUGUCCAAGGAAGCCGUGGCCAUCUGCAAAGGGCUGAUGACCAAACACCCAGGCAAACGUCUGGGUUGUGGACCCGAAGGUGAACGCGACAUCAAGGAGCAUGCGUUUUUCCGGUAUAUUGAUUGGGAGAAACUUGAACGCAAAGAGAUUCAGCCCCCAUAUAAGCCAAAAGCCUGUGGGCGAAAUGCUGAAAACUUCGACCGGUUUUUCACCCGCCAUCCACCAGUCCUAACACCUCCCGACCAGGAAGUCAUCAGGAAUAUUGACCAGUCAGAAUUCGAAGGAUUUUCCUUUGUUAACUCUGAAUUUUUAAAACCUGAAGUCAAGAGCUAAGUAGAUGUGUAGCCCUCCGUCCUUCAUUUCUGUCAUUCGAGCUCAGCGGCUGUUGUGGUGACAUCUUUCCUUCUCAUUGCCACGUCGCAUCCAUGUUUUAUUUGCUGAUGAGACUAGAGUGACCAUGUUUCAGAAGCCAAAUGUCCUCAGGUAGUUUGGAGCAUCUCUGUGAGAUGGGAUGAUGCGGGUGGCACGUCACAAAUGUUGCUGCAUUAAUUAGCACAUCAGCAAGCAUCCUCCUCGCGUUCACUUUCCCCAGCAUGGCCGCUCCGCAGAGCCUGGGGCAACAGAAAAAUGCCUGCUUUCUCUCCCUUUCUCCCAGCGCUCCCAUAGCACACGUUUCCCAACUCCAGGCAUUCAGUCUAGAUCGUUCCUACCAAAUGAGCGGAUCACCGGAUGCUAGCAGCAUUCUCUCCCUCCUAGACCCGGAGCUUGGCUUGCAUCCAAGUGUAUGGUUGCUUUGACGUAGAGGGAAUUCCUCCAUUCUGUCUGGUUUGGAGGCACCAGGAGCUGUGCCGAGCACAGGCUAAAUAUAAAAUCGUAUUUGUUACUUUUUAGACUCAAAGUGAAGGAGAUGAUCUCAGCCCUUUUAAAAUGCCAAGAGGGUGCUUUGAGAUAGUCUCCAUCUAAAAGGACCUCAAGGGGUCAGUCAAAAGGCAACUGGCUUGGGUGCCACCUCCAUGCUGUAAUUCCUGAUACUCUCUGUCCCCCCUGAUCACCUUCAUCCUCAAACUCCUUGCAAAGGGCAUUUGGCAUCACCCCCCCUGAAAAGACACGGUCACUCUAGCCAGGUCCCAGAGGACCAUGGUUUUACAUUACAUUUCAAAUUUUAUUUGCUUUGGGGUUUUAUUUCUGUUGUUGUUCAAAUGCAAAAAAAAAAAAAAAGAAAAAAGAAAACACUCACUUUGUUACACAUGCUUUGAAAUCUGUGUCCAAAUGUUAUUAACCACAAUGACCUGCUUUGAUUUGUCAAGAAGGCGGCUCUGGAGCCUAGCAGACCCAUGCCCGCGCGGAUGGGAUUUGUCUAGGUUUGUUGCUGGCUUUGGAAAGCUAAUUAAGCGCUCUGAGAAAGACACCAUUUCUUGAAACGUAGACGGUUGUAUUCUUCACUUUGAUGUUGUUGUGCAAGAUGUUUGUGGAAAUGUCCAUUUGUAUCUGGAUAUCUGUUAUGUGCCAUUUUUUUUUCUAGCAUCGAGAUACAAU